AUGCAGCUGCUCACGAAGGCUUCUGUCGUCGCCUUCGCCUCCGGCUCGGUGUUCUGGUUCACCCCGGGCCUCGGUGCAUGCGGUUACACGAACACAAGUGACCAGUUCGUCGCCUCUGUCGCAGUCGGCGUCUUCGAUGGCUACCCAGGCGCGACGUCGAACCCAAACGAUAACCCAUCUGCGACCAGAACUGACCACAACGGCACCAGUGUGACGGUGCCGAUCGUCGACUACUGCCCGGGCUGUUCGGACACGUACGUCGGCUUCUCGCCCGCCGCAUUCGAAGAGUUCGCCUCCACGGAUGUGGGCAUCGUCAAUGACGUGGAGUGGGAAAUCGCGUGA